AUGUACGAAGAUGUUUUAUUUGUUAGUGCCAAUGUUAUUAAUCAUCCAGUAUUAGGUCCUGUUCAUGCACAGAUGCGAGCAAUUUACAAUAUCUCUGCUUUAGCUAAUAUAAGCGGCGAGAAUCCUUAUUGUCAUUGGAAUAGUUCUUAUUGUGGAAUUGUUCAGCAUGAAUCAUUUUUCAAACGAUUCAAUGAGGACUCUUUGGAAUUCUACAUGUUUUCUCAUUGGGAUUUUAAUUGGCAAGAACAGUAUCCACGAUGGUCUAUCAAUUUCAUCCUAUUUCAAGGAAAAGAUGUGGCCACUGUUAAACCGGGAGAUGAUGAACAUCAAAUAUCAAUUGUAAUUCCAUAUGAACAAAAGAAGCAUUCUAUAGCUGUUGGCAAAGCAUUAGCAUCUCAUUUUGCCUAUAUGCCACAACGAAAGAAUGGUUUAAGUGGAUCAAAAGAAGCCUAUCUGAUUAAAAUGUAUGCAGAUAUAUCAAAAAGAAUGUGUUACUGUGCCACAUAG